CUCAGUUUAUAUCACCAUUACUGCCGAUCUCUAUUUUUUCGAAGCUCUCACCAAAUUUUCUUUUCUCUUUUAAACAGAAAACACAGCCUCAAAACAAAAUUCCCCUACAAGAUCCGACCAGAUCUAAACCCUUUGUCUCUCGCUGUACCUGUAAAUGUUUUUGUAUAUAUUCCUCGAUUCAUCUGUGUCAAUUAACCUAAACAUUUCCCCCAAUUCUAGCGCUUAAAAUUAGGGUUCCGCCGAUACUUCCAUAAUCCCUCCAAUUUUCCCCCAAAUUAGAGGUUUUUCUUCCGUUGAACAAAUGUAUCAGAUCAUGAGCUAGGUUUUUGUUCCUCAAAUUCGCAUCUUUUUUCUUUUAUAGACUUUUCAAGUGCAUGAAGAUUUGGUGCUGCUUAUGCUUCACCGAGGACGACGAAGACGAAGAUAAGAAGAGAAUGGCGCUAAUCGACGACGACUCGGAUGGUAGUAUCGGAAGUGACGAAGAUGUGCAGAUGCAGUUUGGGCUUGCACUGGAGAUGUUUGAGGAACCGCUACAGAGGCCGUUCCCCGACUUGAUCACUGUGUUGCGUGAGUCUGAUGACAUGGGGCCACCGGUUAGGAGGGCUCCCAGGUGGCGCUCGUUGAUUCGCGAGCCUAGGCGGUAUGAGGGCGAGAGUAGUAGUAGUGGCGUAGGCGUCGGCGAUGGGGGCUCGGGUCUUGCAAACGACGAUUUACAUCAUAAGCGUGCCAAAGUGUUUUCUACUUCUCCUCCGUGUCAUUAUGGAACAGCAAUGCUUUCUGACCCUGGGGGUCCUAGUUCAUUGCGAGACAAAAGUUGUAACAUUAGGAUGGGGUCUUUGGUUUCUCCCGCUAAUGAAAUCUUGUACCACAAUUAUAUUUGGAAUAAUACCGGUGAUGAGAGUCCCUUUGACCCUACCGGUGGAACAGGUGAUGGAAAAGAGAAUGGUACCUCAAAAACGGAAGAUUUUGAAGUCCGGAUGGAUCUUACGGAUGACUUAUUGCAUAUGGUCUUUUCUUUCUUGGACUAUGCUGAUCUUUGUCGUGCUGCUAUUGUUUGUCGGCAGUGGAGAGCAGCUAGUGCUCAUGAAGAUUUUUGGAGAUGUUUGAAUUUUGAAAAUAGGAAGAUAUCUAUUGAGCAAUUUGAGGAUGUGUGUCGGCGAUAUCCAAAUGCUACAGAAGUGAAUUUAUAUGGUGUACCUGCUAUGCACUUGCUUGUCAUGAAAGCGGUAUUAUUGAGAAACCUUGAAGCCUUAACUUUGGGGCGAUAUCAAGUGGGGGACACUUUUUUCCAUGCAUUAGCAGAUUGUAGUAAGUUGAAGAGAUUAAAUGUCUAUGAUGCUACUCUUGGUAAUGGUAUUCAGGAGAUACCAAUAAACCAUGAUCAAUUGCGUCAUCUUGAACUAACGAAGUGCCGAAUGAUGCGUGUAUCCAUCAGGUGCCCACAACUUGUGCAUUUGUCCUUGAAACGGAGUAACAUGGCACAGGCGGUGCUUAAUUGUCCCCUUUUGAGUCUCCUUGAUAUAGUUGCUUGCCACAAGCUUUCUGAUGCAGCCAUUCGUUUGGCGGCCACUUCAUGCCCUCAAUUAGAAUCAUUAGAUAUGUCAAAUUGUACAUGUGUGAGUGAUGAAACACUCCGUGAAAUAGCCCUCCAUUGUGCUAAUCUUCAUAUUCUCAAUUCAUCGUACUGCCCAAAUAUAUCGCUUGAGUCUGUCAGGCUCCCCAUGUUAACAGUUCUUAAGCUUCACAGCUGUGAGGGUAUCACAUCAGCUUCAAUGGCUGCGAUAUCUUAUAGUAAUAUGUUGGAGGUUCUGGAGCUUGAUAAUUGCAACCUUUUGACUGCUGUUUCUUUGGAUCUUCCUCGUUUGCAGAAUAUAAGACUAGUACAUUGUCGCAAAUUUGUUGAAUUGAAUUUGCGAACUAUCAUGCUAUCAUCUAUAAAUGUGUCAAAUUGUGCUGCUCUCAACCGCAUUAAUGUUAUGUCAAACUCUCUUCAAAAAUUAUCAUUGCAAAAGCAGGAGAACUUGACAACAUUGGCAUUGAAGUGCCAGAGUCUGCAAGAAGUAGACCUUACAGAUUGUGAAUCGUUAACAAAUUCUAUUUGUGAAGUGUUCAGUGAUGGUGGUGGUUGCCCCAUGUUGAAGUCUUUAGUUCUUGAUAAUUGUGAGGGCUUGACAGCAGUGCAGUUCUGUGGUACAUCUUUAGUCAGUCUCUCUCUUGUUGGUUGCCGUGCUAUCACAUCUCUUGAACUAAAAUGCCCCAAUCUUGAGAAAGUCUGCUUAGACGGUUGUGAUCAUCUUGAAAGAGCAUCUUUUUGUCCAGUUGCUCUCCGAUCACUCAAUCUGGGUAUAUGCCCCAAGUUGAACUCACUUGUUAUUGAAGCGUCAAGUAUGGUGGUGCUCGAGUUGAAAGGAUGUGGUGUAUUGUCAGAAGCGUCCAUUAACUGUCCUCUUUUAACAUCUCUUGAUGCUUCUUUUUGCAGUCAACUUAAGGAUGAUUGCCUGUCUGCAACUACUACUUCAUGCCCACUGAUUGAAUCAUUAAUACUUAUGUCAUGCCCAUCUAUUGGUUCCGAUGGACUUUACUCAUUGCAAUCACUUUCAAAUUUGACUAUGCUUGAUUUAUCAUACACUUUCUUGACGAAUUUGCAGCCGGUUUUUGAGUCUUGUUCACAACUGAAGGUGUUAAAAUUACAAGCAUGCAAGUAUCUCACUGACACAUCAUUGGAGCCUCUUUACAAGAAAGCUUCACUCCCAUCUCUUCAGGAAUUGGACUUGUCUUAUGGGACCCUUGGCCAGUCAGCUAUUGAGGAGCUUCUUGCAUACUGUACACACCUCACUCAUGUUAGCUUGAAUGGUUGUGUAAAUAUGCAUGACCUGAAUUGGGGUUCUAGUGGUGGUCAUUCUCUGGAACCAACUGUAUAUGGCUCAUACGGGAUAUUUUCUCAAGAGAAUGUCCAUGAAUCAAUGGAGCAUCCUGAUCGUUUGCUGCAAAACCUCAACUGUGUAGGUUGUCCAAAUAUUAGGAAAGUUCUCAUUCCACCCCAGGCACGCUGUUUCCAUCUGUCAUCAUUGAACCUUUCUCUGUCUGCCAAUUUGAAGGAAGUUGAUGUUGCUUGUAUCACCUUGUGCUUUCUCAAUUUGAGCAACUGUUGAUCAUUGGAAACAUUGAAGCUUGCUUGUCCAAAAUUAACAAGCCUGUUUCUUCAGUCUUGUAACAUCAAUGAAGAAGCGGUCAAAAUUGCCAUAUUGCAAUGUAGCAUGCUUG